AUGUCGCCCACCGACCCAAACCCGCCAUUCCGGCAUGCCCUGCUCGCAGGCGCCCUCGCCGGCACUACAGUCGACAUGAGCCUGUUCCCACUCGACACCCUGAAAACACGCCUCCAGUCCUCGGCCGGCUUCUUCCCCUCCGGCGGCUUCCGCGGAGUCUACAAGGGCAUCGGCUCGGCAUUUUGGGGCUCUGCACCUGGCGCCGCUCUAUUUUUCGUCACAUACGAAGGAAUCAAGUCCUCCCAGGCACUAUCGUCACUCUCGUCGCCCACCACCGGAAACCCGGCCGCCACCCACAUGCUGGCGGCGUCCCUGGGUGAGAUCGCUGCGUGCGCGGUCCGCGUUCCGACCGAGGUGGUCAAGCAGCGUGCGCAGGCGGGUCAGCAUGGUGGGCGCAGCAUGGCGGCGCUGGCGUCGAUCCUGGCGACGCGGCACGGUGCCGGCGGUCUGGUCGGUGUCUGGCGCGAGCUGUACCGUGGCUGGGGCAUCACCGUCUUUCGUGAGGUGCCCUUCACCGUGAUUCAGUUCCCGCUGUGGGAGGCGCUCAAGGCUUGGGGCCGUGACCGGCGCGACCGUGGCGUCACCAUGGGCGGACCGCAGCCGGAUGUUGGCGCUGCCGAGAGCGCGCUGUACGGGAGCUUCAGUGGCGCUGUGGCUGCUGCCGUGACGACGCCGCUUGAUGUGCUCAAGACGAGGGUUAUGCUGAGCCGCGAGAGGGAAGGUGUCCUCGCCAUUACUAAGAACAUACUGCGCGAUCAUGGGGUCAGGCCCUUUUUCAGUGGCAUCGGGCCGAGGGUUGCCUGGAUCAGUGCUGGUGGUGCCAUAUUCUUGGGAAGUUACCAGUGGGCUAUUAACUGUUUUGCCACGGGAACGUUGGCUGUGCCGAUAUGA